AUGGCAGAAGACCAGCCGCACCUGUGCAUUCAGAUGUCAGACUCGAAUACAAAUGGCAUCCCCAGCAGAAGGCCGUCCUCGCCAGACUUAGCUGGCAGAGCAGGGAGCGUGCUCACUUUCCACAACAUCUGCUACCGUGUGAAGAUGAAGACUGGGUUCCUGUGCUGUCAAAAAACAGCCACUAAAGAAGUUUUGAGAGAUGUCAAUGGCAUCAUGAGACCUGGACUGAAUGCAAUUUUGGGACCCACUGGCAGUGGUAAAUCUUCGCUACUUGACAUUUUGGCUGCAAGGAAGGAUCCCCAUGGGCUUUCUGGUGACAUUUUGAUCAAUGGAGCUCCUCAGCCUGCCAACUUUAAAUGUACCUCUGGGUACGUAGUACAGGAUGAUGUGGUGAUGGGAACCCUGACUGUAAGAGAAAAUCUGACGUUCUCAGCAGCACUUCGCUUGCCAAAGUCAGUAAAGGAACAGGAAAAAAAAGAACGAGUGAAUCAGAUCAUCAAGGAACUGGGUUUGAGCAAAGUGGCAGAUUCCAAGGUUGGCACCCAGUUCACUCGUGGGGUGUCCGGAGGAGAGCGGAAAAGGACCAAUAUUGGGAUGGAGAUCAUCACGGAUCCUGCCAUCUUGUUUUUGGAUGAGCCAACUACUGGACUUGAUGCCAGCACUGCUAAUGCUGUUCUACUGCUACUGAAAAGAAUGUCAAAACAAGGAAAAACGAUAAUCUUCUCCAUCCACCAGCCUCGGUACUCCAUAUUCCGACUGUUUGACAACUUGACGCUGCUGGCUGCAGGGAGAGUGCUGUACCAUGGGCCAGCCCAGCAUGCCAUUGGGUACUUCCAGUCCUUUGGGUACCAGUGCGAGCCGUACAACAACCCUGCUGACUUUUUCCUGGACGUCAUCAAUGGAGACUCCACCGCUGUGGCAAUGAACAAGACUGGUGAGAUUAACAAAGCAGAGAACACUGAAGAACGCACUGAAUAUACCUUGGCCGAGCACUUCGCAGAAAAAUACUCCAGCUCUACGUACUACCGAGAAACAAAAGCACAAUUAGAGAAUAUUUCUUUGGGAAAUAAAAAGAAAACCAAAUCAGUUUUCCGACAAAUCACAUAUGCCAAUUCCUUCCUUCAUCAGUUGAAAUGGGUGUCCAGGCGCACGUUUAAAAAUAUGAUACGAAACCCUCAAGCUUCCAUAGCUCAGGUGUGUGUUACGGCUUUUCUGGGACUGGUUGUAGGUGCCCUUUUCUUUGGACUUAAAGAGGACUCCACUGGACUACAGAACAGAGUGGGUGCAAUGUUCUUUCUGACCACCAACCAGUGUUUCAGCAGCAUCUCAGCUAUUGAACUCUUCGUUCAGGAAAAAAAGAUAUUUAUGCAUGAAUAUAUCAGUGGGUACUACAGAACGUCUGCGUAUUUCAUCGCAAAGCUAAUGGCUGAUUUAAUACCCAUAAGGACUCUACCAAGCAUCAUCUUCACCUGUAUAGUUUACUUCAUGUUAGGUUUGAAACCAACAGUAGAAGCCUUCUUUACAAUGAUGUUUACCCUUAUGAUGGUGUCCUACACAGCCACUUCUAUGGCACUAGCCAUUGCAGCAGGACAGAGCGUGCUCGCUGUAGCAAACCUACUCAUGACUAUCACAUUUGUUUUUAUGAUUCUUUUCUCUGGGUUGCUGGUCAAUCUCACAAGUGUCCUGCCCUGGCUCUCCUGGCUCAAAUACUUCAGCAUCCCUCGAUAUGGAAUGACAGCUUUAGAAAUCAAUGAAUUGAAGGGUCUGAACUUCUGCGGCAGCAUUAACAUCACAGUUUUAAGCAGCAACAAUAGCUAUCCACAAACGGACCAGAUAGUGUGUACUGGAGAAGACUACCUGAAAAGUCAAGGCAUCGAUGCGAGUACCUGGGGCCUGUGGCAGAACCACCUGGCACUUGCCUGCAUGUCACUAAUAUUCUUCACCAUCGCGUACCUGAAACUGCACUUCAUGAAGAAGUUCUCUUAAAACCAGAAGAAAAAAUGCAAUUUCCACUCUUGAGGAGUUUGAUGAAACUGACUGUGCAACUCACUCGAUUAUUUUUUUAAGAGGCCUUCCUUUGUACUUUUAUGACGACACAAGUCAAUAAUGUGAAUGCCA